UGACAAUAUCCCCCAUUCGAAAACUCAGCCCAUCAAUGAUAACCCCACGCCCACGAAAAACCACAAACACAGCAAGUCCUCUCUAAUUCAAAACCAGUCGUAGUAGAAUCGUCGGACACAACCUCCAGAACAAGAAAACAAACCAAAAAAAACACUUCCACAAACACACACUACACACUGCCAUCUCCAAGCCCCUGUGCAGAAAAACCCUAAUUUCUUGUUCUAACAGAAAGCAUGAAAGAGGAGGCAGACAAUGGACCCCCAAACAGAGAGCUAUACGCACUGCUACAUAUAUCGCCCGAAGCCUCAGAUGAAGAAAUCAGAAAAGCUUAUCGUCAGUGGGCCCAAGUCUAUCACCCUGACAAAUACCAAGCUCCUCAGAUGAAGGAAAUCGCUACAGAAAACUUUCAACGGAUAUGUGAAGCCUAUGAGAUCUUAACUGAUGAGAACAAAAGGCAGAUAUAUGAUAUAUAUGGUAUGGAAGGGUUGACUUCAGGUUUGGAACUUGGUCCGAAACUAAGUAAAGCAGAAGAGAUUAAGGAAGAGAUUGAAAGAUUGCGACGUAAGAAGGAACAAGAAAAGGUCUCAGCCCAUGUACGGCCUUCUGGUUCAAUUGUGGCCCAUUUGUCUUUGCCGAAGUUUCUAGAUGGUGAAGGCAUCAUGAGAGGGAUGUCUAUGUCUAGCGAAGUUCAGUCUCAAAUAUCCAAACGCAAUGUGAUCGCUAUUGGUGGCAAUAUGGAAGUUAGAGGAAAUUCUGGUGGUGGUGCUGCUUCUGCUGUGCUUAGACAUCAGAUAUCUUCAGAUUCUUCUGUUGAAUUCAUGGCUUCUGCUGGUUUACGGGCAUUAAUUGGGGUACAAGCAUCUCGCAACAUAUCUCGUCACUCCACUGCAACAAUAGGCCUUACAAUGUCUUUAAGAGAUGGUUCAUUCAAUCUUUCUAACUAUUGGACUCGCCAACUGUCUGAGACAUCUGAAGGAAAUAUACAGCUCGUUUUAGGUCCAGAAUCAUCUGUAGCUGUUGGAUGGCAAAAGAAAGAAGAGAAAAUGUCUGCUGCAGGGGAGAUUAAGUUUGGCACAGCUUCUUUUGGAGCAUCAGCUCAUUAUACUCGUCGCUUCUCCUCAAAGUCUCAUGGGCGUAUUGCAGGCAGAUUUGGAAGCACUGAUCUUGAGCUUGAAGUAGGAGGUGGAAGGAAAAUAUCCGACUUCAGCACCGUCCGCAUGUUGUAUUCAAUAGGAAUUCAGGGUAUCUUUUGGAAAUUUGAAUUACAUCGCGGGGGUCAGAAGUUGAUCAUUCCCAUUUUGAUUUCAAGACAUUGGGACGUUAUGGUUGCAACUGGAGCAUUCGUUAUUCCAACGUCACUUUACUUUUUUCUAAAGGCAUUCAUUCUCAAACCUUAUUUCCUUAAAAGGGAAAAGCAGAAGUCAUUGGAGAAGAUGGAAAGAACAUCAGCUCAGGUUCGAGAGGCAAGAGCAGCAGCUGAGAAAUCUCAACAGUUGUUACAAAAUGUGGCCAUCCGGAAGAGGAAUGUGCAAAUAGAAAGGAAUGGACUGGAAAUCACAAAAGCAGUAUAUGGAAAUCAUAAAGCUUUGAAGAAAAGAGACGAAUCAGGAGAUGUACAAGAUGUAAUAGCUUCACAAAUAAUUGAUGUCACUCUACCUCUAAACUUUCUGGUUAAUGAUUCUGGCCAACUCAAGCUUCACGAAGGUGUAAAGAAGUCGGGCAUUAUGGGCUUUUGUGAUCCUUGUCCAGGAGAACCUAAGCAGCUGCUUGUAGAAUACACCUACGGUGGUGAGAGAUACGAGGUGGUGGUUGAUGAUCUCCAAGGGUUGUUAAUACCCCAGAAAGCUCACAGACUCUGAAUACAGGCCAAAGCACUGAAAUGGAACCUUGGUCACCUCUUUCAAUUUUGCAUGCAUUAUCAUGCUUUGGAGGUACCUUAGCUAGAAUCAUUUUUCCGGGUAACAUUAUCUUGUGUUAGAUCAUUAUAUAUAUCAUGGGAAUUGGGAUAAAUAAUUGUGCUUUAUGGGUAUAAUCAAUUUUGAUAUCAAUGAGAGUAAAAGCAAUUUUUUUGUA